AUGUCUCUCCGCCGCAUCGCGCAAACAAAUGCCGCCGUUUCUGCCUCGCCCAGGAUGGGUGGCACAGCCAGUGCGUCCUCCGUCCCCUCACCAUCCACGCCUGUCCGCGGUAGCCUCCCCACCACUCCGAGGACACGGCUUGUCUAUCCCAUCUCUCCAGUCACGUCCCCAUCGCUGUCUGCAUCUCAGCCCUUUGAUUGGGAAGCCGCGAGGUCCAGACGACCCCCACCGUAUGCCACACCUUUGAACGGAAAGCGGAAGACAAGGCAGAGCGAUGUAGGCACACCUGGAAAGGCCACUCCGGCUAAGCGUGUUGUGCGGAAGAAGUCUCUCUACGAACGAAUCACCAACCUUCCCUCUCAGAUAUCCUUCGAGAUAUCCCAAUUCCCGAACAACGUCCCGCUCCCAUCGCCACAAAACUCUGCCAGAGUCAUCGGCGGAGCUCUGCACUUCCUCCAUCUCUGUGUCCGCAUCUCGCAAAUUCGCAGAAUCCCAGACUCCGAUCUCGGGUGGGAGGACAUGUACCGCGAGCACGAAGGGGAAGCCUGGUUUGACUGGACAACACCGACGACCAUCAUCCUAGUAUCAGCCACCGUCCUCAACACGCUCUACCUGUUCACCCGCACCCGCACCUACUACCUCAACCUCGCCAACGAGCCCGUCUCCUCCCCACACGCCUCCUUCAUCAAACGCCCCCGCGGCCCCUCCCGCACCUCCUCGUCCUCCCCCAACCCUAACGACGACGACCCCUUCCAGAAACGCUCCGUCCCCUCGCUCGCCUGGUCGCUCUUCGUCUCGGUCCUCAAGGCCCUCUGGCGCUUCCUCGUCGUCUCCGCCCGCUUCCUGCUCAACCUCUCCCCGCCCAAGACGCGUCCCCCCCAGCCAUGGGAGGAGGACGAGCGCGUGCAGGCGCUCGAGGUGUGGACCCCGGGCAAGCUCGAGAUGGCGCUGUUCGGCAUCUACUCGCCCGUGCACGCGCUGCUGUGGAUGGCGACGACGAGCGCGAACUGGAUCCUCAUGUUCUUCGUCAUGUUCACCGUCGGCGUCCAGAGCCGCGCCCUCGCGCGUUCGUACGAGGCCCUGCUGAAGGACCGCGCGAUCAUCGCCGCCGAGGUCAUGCACGAGUACAACGAGAACUUUGUCGUCCCACGCAUCAACCCAGUGCGCAAGGACGCCGCGGUCAUGACGCACGAAUCGGAGAUGGUCAACGUCUGGGAGUGA